AUGGAGCAAAGUAUGAAAAACAUGAGAAUUAAUGAAGAAGAAGAAAAGGAGAUGACUAUAUACUUGAAGAUCAAUAAAACAGUUGCUUUAAGAGUUAAGGAAUCAGAUAGUAUCGGAAACAUCAAAUCUUUAUUACAUGAUAAGGAGGGCAUACCGGAAUGUCUUCAGCAGCUAGUUUCAAAAGGAGUUGAGCUAGCAGACGAACAAAAGCUAGUCGAUUAUGGCAUUAUCAAAAACUCCCUCCUUGAUGUUUCUAUCGACAAUUCAGUCUCGAGGAUAUUUUUGGUGAAGAGACCCUAUGCUAUAGGUGAAAUUACGGUUUGUUCAAGGAUUUCCGAUACUAUCCAGGAUGUCAAAUAUAGGAUUGGUGCCAGAGAAGGAGUAAAAUCAACGGAGUUUUCUCUUACUCAUGAUGGAAAGUUUCUUGAUGAUGACAAAACUUUUGCUUUUUACAAAAUCAAUGGUGGAUCAACGCUUCAUAUGGUUUUCUAUCCUAGAGACAAGUUGCUUAUUUCCGUGGUAAUGCCAUGGGAGAAAAUUGUAAAGAUAGAAGUCAAGGCUGCCUUAACUGUUCGCGACAUUAAAAUAAGUUUAGAGAGAAGAAUUGGCUGCUCAAAAAAUUCUAUGGAUCUGUUUUUGGGAAAACAGAAAUUGGAAGAUUCAAAGACAUUAUAUCAUUGUGGUAUCAACGAAGAGUCCGUCUUACUGGUGAAGCGUAGAACAAUGCAGAUCUUUAUCAAAACGAGUGAUGGAAGUACUAUACUAAAUGUGCACAGGCACGAGUUGAUCAAGAAUGUGAAGCUCAUGAUUCUAAAGAAGCUAAAAAUACCGGUUCACCUGCAAAAACUUAUCUAUGACGGAAAAAGUCUAGCUGAUUCCCGUGAUUUAGCUAGCUACAAUAUUAGCAAGGACUCGAAUAUCAUUUUUGAUAUACGAGGUCCCGCUCCUACAAACAUCUAUACAGGAUCAUUAUCUUAUUUUAUGAGUUGCCAACCGAUAUCCAACAUUAGCUGUUACCACCAGACAAGUUUGCAUAAGAUUAAAGGUGUGGUUUCCAGAUCUACAUCCGUUGCUCAUUUGAAGACGUUGAUCAAGUACGACUUAAAACUAAAUGUGAAGGAACUAUAUCUACGCGGCAAGCUUUUGGACGACUUAUGUUGUCUCGGUAAGUAUGGAAUUACAAAGAAAACGGUGUUGGGAAUCCUUUGCUGAUUGUUCAGACAACCUAAUUACGUAGUAUAUAAAGACAGAAAGUGUCUGUUUUUGCUGCAUUUUUGUUUUGUUUUGGUUGCAAAUAUGUUGAUAUUUGGAA